AGACAAGUGCGGGUGCGAACAAUUUACCCCAGACAAAUAUCAAUGGUGGAUUCAAAAAAAGUUGCAAUUAAAUUUGUGGGGAUAACUGCCGCGUUAGCUAAACUUAAAGCUCGCAGGCCAAUUCUCUGGGCUGCAUUUUUAACUCUUCAUCCUGCCAUCAAGGCUGUAAUUUCUACACUUUCUGGUAGUGGUGGACCUUGUCAGAAUCGUGUAUCCAAUGCAGCAAGUGCUAUUUUGCUCUACUUGGCCUCACAUGAUAGUGUAGUGCCAAAGGAUUAUAUCCUGUUAUAUUUUUGGAUGUCGUACAUUUUAGGAUGGGCUGAUAACCAUAAACUGAAUGCAUUGAGGGAGAAAUCACCCAAUGGAGAACCAUUGGUUCCAACCGUGAAAGCAGUGGCUGCCAAUGCCAACGUUAAUGAGGUUAACGCUACUACUGAAGAAAUUAGUACGAAGUUAAAAGAUCAUGUUAUUUUCACCCGUCAAUCGUUGAGUAAAAUUGCAUAUGCAACAAUCUUUGGCCAACUUCUUUCUCAAUAUCUUUCCCCUACUCAUUUCAUGGGUAAGAAACAUCUUAAUGGUACAGUCAAGUCUCGUUUAUUUGACCCUGUGUGGUUCCAAAGGACAAAAUGUGGACAGUCAUUAAAUUGGAAAAGUGUGGGGAAGAAUUAUUUGGCUUAUAACAUUGUUCUUGCAACUGUGUUUGCACUUGCAAAGUUUAGAUCUGUGAAAGAAAAAGUUGAUCGUCAAAGGUCAGGAAUCUUCCUUUCUCCAAAUGAAGAUCGAACACCAAGUAGUGAUAUCUGGAAAUCAUUUGCCCGCUCUGUAGUAGAGCGAGCAAAUACUUUAACAAACCUUGUAUUUGUACCAAAUUUAAUCGCUAUUGGAUUGGUUUCACUCUCUGGAGUUUCUCUACCAUUCCCUGAUAGCCGGAAUUUCCCUAGAAAAUGGUUUGUUAAGUUAGUUGGAUUUCUGCUGGUUCUUCUUUCCUUCCUCUUAAACUCAUUUGAGCCCGAAUCGCUACAACUUGAUCCAACUACCCUUCUGGUUGUCACAAUGUAUUUGUUUAGACUUGUCUUGUUACUGAAAUGGCGUACCGCCAAGGACAUUGUUUUGAAAGGACCCAAUUGGAAUGUCAUUGAAACCGCCCUUAUGUCAUAUGGUGUCUAUACAUACAUGAACAAACAAGAUGCCGGUGAAAAGGACUUGUUAGCCGGCUUGGUGGGUAAAAUUAUGUAG